AUGCAAGUGCCUCCAACGCAGCCUCCACCUCCCGGUCCGAAUUCGCACUGUCAAAGGAAAUACCACUUAAAAGGAUCCGAUAAGAAGAAGGGGGAGCACAUACAGCUGUACUACACGAUCCGCAAUUCUUCACGUCUUUCGACAGAUCGGUACACAUCCCACCACAGCAAGCCGGCAGCAGUCCAGUACACGGCGGAACACUGCAAGACCCACAAUGUUGCCAAUCAGUAG